AUGAAGGUCAAUUAUGGAUUCUCCAGAGGUUCUGCAAAACAAAAAGGGUCGUCGGGGUGUCCCGGCAACGCCUCCUCCGACGAUCAACUACCACCUUGGCUGCUUUGGAAGCAUCCCCCUAGCUUUGAGCUUCCGUUGUUACCGCCGCCCCCACUGUUGGCGCGUAAGGUAGGCGAUGGCAACUCAGAUGAGCCUCCGCAGCCACCCUGUCAUGUGGCUGCACAGUUGGCGGGAGCCUUCUUUGAGUUUUCGCUGUUACCCAUUAAUGUGUUAACAGGAAUCAAUAAGAUAGAGAAUGAGGCUCAGAAGGAGAAAUCGGUAGCAGAAGAUCCUGAGAGCAAGGAAGUGGAGAUGGAUGAUUGGUUGUUUGAAUUUGCUCAGCUUUUUCGCACUCAUGUUGGCAUUGACCCAGAUGCUCAUAUUGACUUGCAUGAGCUGGGGAUGGAGCUCUGUUCUGAGGCACUUGAGGAGACGGUUACAAGUGAAGAAGCACAAGGUCUUUUUGACAAGGCUGCUGCUAAGUUCCAGGAGGUAGCUGCUUUGGCUUUCUUCAAUUGGGGAAAUGUUCAUAUGUGUGCAGCAAGGAAACGCAUUCCCUUAGAUGAAUCUGCUGGAAAGGAGGUAGUGGCAGCACAACUUCAUGUGGCUUAUGACUGGGUUAAGGGAAGAUAUUCUCUGGCCAGAGAGAAGUAUGAGGAGGCACUCCUGAUUAAACCGGACUUUUAUGAGGGGUUGCUGGCUCUUGGGCAGAAGCAAUUUGAAAUGGCCAAACUUCAUUGGUCAUUUGCACUUGCCAAGAAGAUGGAUCUUUCUAGUUGGGAUUCUGCCGAAACUCUUAAACUUUUUGACAGUGCAGAGGAAAAGAUGAAGGCUGCAACCGAGAUGUGGGAGAAGCUGGAGGAGCAGAGAGCAAAUGAGCUAAAAGAUCCAAGUGCAAGUAAGAAGGAAGAGUUAUUGAAAAGAAGGAAGAAACAAGGAAGUAAUGCUGAAGGUGAGCCCUCUAGCCUUGGCAGUCAGGGUGAAAUUUCAGCAGAUGAAGCAGCAGAACAAGCAGCUGUGAUGAGAUCACAGAUACAUCUCUUCUGGGGUAACGUGCUUUUUGAGCGAUCCCAAGUUGAAUGCAAAUUGGGGAUGGGUGGUUGGAAGGAAAACCUAGAUGCUGCUGUUGAGCGCUUUAAGCUUGCUGGAGCUUCUGAGGCUGACAUUUCGACAGUUCUGAAGAACCACUGCUCUAAUGGAGAUGCAGUUGAAAGGGAUGAGAAAAAGGUUGUGAUUGAUGAAGCUAAGAAUGAAGUAGUUGAUCAAGCCCAAUGA